AUGACGAAGCCGAAGAUGUCGGCCCUUGUGGCCUCCGCUAUUCGGAAUCUGCGAGAAAUCCGCGGCUCCACGUCCAAGGAAAUCAUGAAUUACAUCAAGUCGCAAUACACUAACGGGUCGGAUUCCAAUAUGCAAAAGAAGAUAUACACUGCCUUGAAACGUGGCUUGGACUAUGGUAUCCUGAAGAAGGACCGCGGUUAUUACAGUCUGAAUAUGGUUCCUGACAUGAUGUACAAAGCGCACACCUUGGAACCCUUGGAACAAGGUAGGAGACGAAGGGGACGAAGAAGAGGAAGAAGACGUGGCCGCAGAGUAUCGCGGAGACGAAGGCGAAGAGUUCGUGCCGCAAGAGACGGAAGGAGAAGAAGGAGGAGGGGAAGGAGGAGGAGGAGAGGAAGGAGGAGAAGCAGAAGAAGGAGCAGGGGAAGGGGUAGUCCUCCACCUAGAUCGAGAUCUCUCGCGACCAGAUGCAACAAGUGCUCGUCGUCCAGGAAACGUACGGAGGAUACUUUGAGGAAGACUCCGAUAGAGAGCCUUGGGAAGAAUAUGUCUUACUUGUAUAAGAACAACACCGACAAUAAAACGCCGUCCAGACAGCAGAGCCGUAGCCGGGAUCGAAGUCAGACUCGCAGCCAAUCGAGCAGCAGCGACAAGGAGAUGAUCGACGACCGAAAUCGCGAUCAGCCGUGA